AAUUUAAUAAACAAAAGGCAAAAAAGGCAACUUGCUAUUAUUAUAUCUUCUUCCAUUAUCAACAACGGCAUAUCUCUCUCUCUCUCUCUCUCUCUCUCUCUAGGUUUCACAAUCAAGGUAGCUUCUCCAGCUGAUUCUGGCCCAUUGAUCCAACAAAGUCCAGUUAACUGUGAUGGAGACCAAUAACUGGAGGCCUGCUCCAGGCGGCGGUGAACCCACGAUGGACCCGGGUGAUUGGAGGACCCAAUUGCAACCUGAUUCUCGACAAAGAAUUGUCAAUAAGAUAAUGGACACUUUGAAGAGGCAUCUUCCCUUUUCUGGACAAGAGGGACUGCAAGAACUUAAGAAGAUUGCUGUAAGGUUUGAGGAGAAGAUCUACACUGCUGCCACAAGCCAGUCUGAUUAUCUGAGAAAAAUAUCUCUGAAGAUGCUGACAAUGGAGAACAAAUCUCAGAAUACUAUAUCGAAUUCUGCCAGUAAUAGCAAAAAUCCUCCAGAUACAGUAUCCCAUGGCAUGCAACCCCAAAUUGCAGGCAACCAGGGGCAAUCACUUUCUAAUCCAAUGGUGGCUAACCAGUCUCAAUCCCGCCAACCGCUGUUAUCCCAGAAUAUUCAGAAUAACAUCACAGCAACAGGAGUACCAGGUUCUGCUAAUUUAACAUCAGCACUGCCUUCUGUUGGUGGUUUACCACAGACUAGCAUACCAAAUGUUGGCCAGAAUUCCAAUUUGCAGAACAUUCAGAACAUCUCUGGGGUUUCACAGAAUUCAGUUGCAAAUUCAAUGGGGCAGGGGGUGUCUUCCAAUAUUUUUGCCAAUACUCAAAGGCAGAUGCCAGGAAGGCCACAACAAGUUGUUCCCCAACAACAACAGCAGCAGUCUCAAAAUCCACAGCACUAUCUUUACCCGCAGCAUUUUCAACAGCAGCUUCUGAACAAGAAAUAUCCGCCAGGAAGUAUUCCCCCACACAUGCAAUCUCACAUCCAGCAACAACAGACACAGCAGCAACAGAACCUAUUACAAUCUUCUCAGCAAUCUGUUAUGCAGCCUUCUAGCAUGCAACCAGCUCCACUAUCUGGCCUUCAACAGAAUCAGCAGUCUUCUGUUCAACAGUCAACACAACCAAUGCUUCAGCAAAAUCCACAAUCAGUUCUCAGGCAACAGCAACAACCGCAGCAGACACCCAUUAUUCAUCAACAGCAAACACCAAUGCAGCCGCAGCCGAUAUUGCCAACGCAACAGCAGCAGCAGCAGCAGCAG